AUGUUUGGCAACGAACGGCUGAAUGGUACCACCAGCGGCGGUACGACCAAAUGCGCGAAAGAACCGUCCAACGAUCAGGACACCGCUUCCACCUCUACCCUACCGCCCGGGACGACCCUUCCAGCCGAUUCGAGACCAUCGUUCGCAUCCGUCUUUACGAUCGAAAGUAUACUGGGGCUCAAUCAGGACACGCUCACCCACAAAGCGGGCACCCUGAACGAAAAGUUGCUCUCUCCCGUGCCGCAACGGUUGGACAGUACGGCCUACGAGCUGGAACACACCAAGCAGACACUGUCGAACUAUUUCCGCUGUGCUGGGGCCGGCACGCUGCACCUUCCCACCACAUCCGACGCGAACAUGCUGUCGACCAACAUUCUCGGAAUAGCAUAUCCAUCGUCCUGCCACAGUUAUCUGCAGCCGGACCUGUUUGCGGCCCAUCUCCACCAGCAGGUCGGUCUCGUGGCGUGCAACGGCAACUUCCGGCCGCGGUACCCGUUCCUGAACGCGGACUCGCACAUCAAGCGAAAGCGCCGGCACCGGACCAUCUUCACCGAGGAGCAGCUGGAACAGCUGGAGGCCACGUUCGACAAGACGCACUACCCGGACGUGCUGCUGCGGGAAAAGCUGGCAAUUAAAGUAGACCUCAAGGAGGAGCGCGUCGAGGUUUGGUUCAAGAACCGGCGCGCCAAAUGGCGAAAGCAGAAGCGGGAGGAACAGGAACAGUUUUCCAACUACGAAAUCAAUAACAAAAUUAGAAAACUCAUCAACAUCCCGGUGUCGGCCCAGGAAAAGCUUCGCCAGCUCCAGACCGGCAUCUUUGCCAAGGACAAACAACUGUUGCCGAAAUGUGACGAGCUGAGCAACAGCAACAGUGACGCAUCGGAUGUGGAGGUGGUAUGA